AUGGUUGAGGAGUAUGGUGCUCUUCUCUCCAACAACACUUGGGACCUCGUCGAUCCACCUCGUAAUGCUAACAUUGUUACUGGUAAGUGGAUCUAUCGUCACAUGGUUCUUUGGAUCGCUACAAAGCUCGUUGGGUGCUUCGUGGAUUUACUCAGCGAGAAGCUUGACGUCAAGAAUGCGUUCCUCAAUGGCACUCUCACCGAGACUGUUUAUGCUCGCCAGCCUUCUGGGUUCACUGAUCCUCGCUUCCCUGAUAAGCCUCUCUUGGAGCUGUCUGGACUUUCAGCGGUUGGUUUCAUUGGCUCCAAGUCCGACAGCUCGUUGUUCGUCUAUCGGCGUGGUGCUGACAUGGCCUAUCUCCUGCUCUAUGUGGAUGACAUUAUCCUGACUGCAUCUUCCUCAACAUUGUUGCACAGUUUGAUUGCGUCUCUUCGUACCGAAUUCAGUAUGAGAGAUAUGGGUGAUCUUCAUUACUUUUUGGGCAUCUCUGUCACACGCAGCAAGGACAGUCUGUUCCUCUCACAAGAGAAGUAUGCUUUGGAUCUUCUUGACAGAGCUGGCAUGUUGCAGUGCAAAACCAUCUCUACUCCCGUUGAUACUACCUCCAAACUUUCAGCCAAGUCCAGUGAUCCAGUUGCAGAUCCCACCGAGUAUCGUAGUAUUGCAGGCGGUCUUCGGUACCUCACAUUCACUCGGCCAGACAUCUCUUAUGCUGUGCAGCAGAUUUGUCUUCAUAUUCAUGAUCCUCGGGCUAAUCAUUUGCUCCUUGUGAAGCGUGUGCUUCGCUACAUCCGUGGCACCACCGGCCUUGGCCUCACUUUGUUUCGACGCAGCUCCAACAAAUUGAUGGCCUAUUCUGAUGCUGAUUGGGCAGGUUGCCCCGACACUCGCUGGUCUACCUCAGGUUAUUGUGUCUUCCUUGGCACUAACCUGGUGUCAUGGUCUGCUAAGCGGCAGCACACGGUCUCUCCAGCGCCGAGGCCGAAUACAGGGCAGUUGCAAAUGUAG